AGAUUAAAGAUGUAAAUAUAGUUAUUUGAAUAUUUAUUACAUAUUUUCAAUAUUUAAUUUUCAUUGUUGACUGCCUACAAAUUGUUUGUGAUAUCGCUUUAUGAUUAUCACCGACUUGAAAUGUUGUUUACUGCAAUGUGGACAAUACAUUUUUCACAUACGUCAUUUACCAGCACAAACAUUCAGUAGGACUUGCCUGCUGGAUAGACGAGUCUAUAUGACCAACUGGAUGAAAUGAUUGGUACAAAAUGGUCUUUACCCAUGUAGUUGAGCAAUCGGACUGCGAAGGGUUGCUGAAAAACAUUCAAAUGAGAAGAAAAAUAGAACAUCGUAUUACUCUAAGGAAACUGGUCAUGUUUUUUGCAUUGUUGACUUUAUUUGGUAUCAUAUAUUUUGGUUAUUUUUGUUCAGACAAUCGUUGUUCAUUAUCCUACAACCCUAAACCUGCAAUUUAUUCAGAAUGGACAUUAAUGAAUCUUCUAUCAACCAAUAUAACUGACUUUAAAAGUGCCAAAGACACAGGUACAGGAGUGAGUUACAAUGAUAUGCAGAGUGAAAACCAAUUACGUUUUGAUAUGAAUGCGCAUGAUGUCAUGGUGUUUUUGCAUAUACAGAAAACCGGCGGUACAUCAUUUGGACGUCAUCUUGUUCAAGAUUUAGACUUACAGCGUCCUUGUACAUGUCAAAGAAAAAGAAAGUUAUGCUAUUGUUUCAGACCUAGUCGAAAUGAAAAUUGGCUCUUUAGUCGAUAUUCUACUGGAUGGAAAUGUGGACUCCAUGCAGAUUUUACUGAAUUAACUGGAUGUGUUGAUUCCGAACUUGACAAAAAUGAAGGGAAAUCCAUUAAACGAAGAUACUUCUAUCUUACUUUAUUGAGAGAUCCAGUUAGCCGUUACCUUUCUGAAUACAAACAUGUGCAAAGAGGAGCAACUUGGAGAAUGUCUAGACAUUGGUGUGGGGGUCAUCCAGCAUCACUUGAAGAAUUGCCUAAAUGUUAUAAUGGUACAUUUUGGACAGAUGUUACAUUGAAUUCGUUUGCAGAUUGUCCACAUAAUUUAGCGGCCAAUCGACAAACAAGAAUGUUAGCAGAUCUAUCUCUGAUUGGUUGUUAUAAUUCUUCAUAUAUGAAGCAAGAAGAACGGAACAGGGUCAUGCUAGCAAGUGCUAAAAGAAAUUUAUUAUCAAUUGCAUUUUUUGGACUCACUGAAUUUCAAAAAUUAAAUCAGUACAUAUUUGAAGAAACAUUUAAUUUAAGAUUUGCAGUAACAUUUACACAACACAAUACAACUCUAUCUGCUGUUUAUAAAUCUUUAUUAAAUGAUGAAGAGUUGGAAAAAGUGAAAAGAAUAAAUGCGUUAGACAUAGAACUGUACAAUUUUGCAAAACAUUACUUGUUUCGACGAUUUGAAAAAUUACGAGCUAAAAACCCAAAUUUUAAAGAACGGUGGGCACAUUUAGGCCAACUGCCAAGUCAAACUGCAUUUGACUGGGAAAAAGAAGUAGAGACUGAAGCUGCUGACAACGAGGUAAAUUAUACGUAGCAUUAACUCUCUUUGUUUUAACAAACAAGAAAAGUAACAAAUCUCUUGUUUAUUUAAAAGUAUGUAUAUUAUAUUAUAAUAAUAUGUAUAAAAUAUACUUUAAUAAUUUCCUGAACUUGUUAAGAAACUAAAUUAAAUGUAUUCAGUUUUAAAAAAUUGAAAACAAUUAAAUAAUAUUCAUGUUAUUACAUGAUUAGUUAUAGUUUGUAUACUUAUAAUAUAAUUUAGUAUUUGAGGCAUUAAAGGAACAAUGUUCUAACAAAUAUUAUUCUCUCAUAUCAAAAGAAAAGGAAAAUUAUGUGUAGAAGUUAAAUGAAAUUUUUAAUAAAUCUAAAAAUAUUUAAUAUUUACCCACUGUAAUUGAGCCAUUCCAGUAUAAUUUUAAUCUUUAUUAAUUUUACAAUUAAUAUAAAUGUAAAUAGAUAAUAUAGUAUAUUAAAUUUAAUUAAUAUUUAUCACUAUAAUAUACAUAUCAGAUGAGAACAAAACAUUAUGACAUUAAAUCAUUGAUAAAUUAUGAUCAAAGUUAUCAUUUGAAUUCUUCAUUAUCAAUUAUUACUUUUUUCAAGACUGUAAAAUUAACAAAAUUAAAUUCAAAUUAUGUACAUUUUUUUAAUUUACUGAUAACAUGUAUACCUGAUAUACCAAACUAUUUUAACAACCUAUUAGGAAGUUUAAUACAAUUAUAGCUGUGAAUGUUUUAAAGUAUAGUUUAUUAAUAAUUAUAUUUUCUAAAAUAUACUUAUUAUUUACCAAAUAUUUUGUUUAUAUAUAAUAGAAAUGCAUAAAUAUGUAUACAUUAAAUCAAAUUGUGUGUAUACAGUAAGUUGACAAUCUUAGCAGGUAAUAUCUCAAACUUAUAUAUAUAUUACUAAUUUGUAUGCUGUAGAGGCGAGAGAAAAUAUAUUAUAUGCUUGUAAAAUAAUUAGUUAAAAAUAUUUAAAAUGUGAAUAUUUUAUGUGUCCACAUGAGUCUGAAUUUGAUUAAGUAUAAAAAAUAUUAUAGUGUUAACAUUGUAUAAUUUGAUAUGAAAUAAAUUAUAUUUAUUUAUAUUAUAA